CUUUUACCCGUAGCUGAAGGUUUAGCAAGUAUUUUAGUGGCUUGAUUUUUGCAUGAUUUGGAUCAAGGUAGAUUCGGUGCAUAUUCUCUUUCUCGGAAGUUGCAUUCGAAUGAAGGAAUUUUAAUUUGAGGGGUGGAGUUGGGAAUGAUAUCGUAUAAGUUAUCAACAGGCAUGAGAUAAUUCCGCUUUCACAAUCCCAGUUUACAAAUAAAUAUAAAUUCCACGAUCUUCUCGUUUUUGAUUGACUAUGAUAUUGUAAAUAUGGUCAAUCCUAAUAGGAUAAGCAUGUCCUAGCAACUUAAGAAUCAUACAUUUAGAGUGAUUCUUUCCCUCUUUAACUUGGUUAUCUGCACAUGAACUGAACUUCACCUACAAAGAUUUAGCAAAGAUAAUAUGGUAAUAUGCACAUUAUUUAAUUAAGUUGUGUAGCUUGACAUCUUUGAUUAUCUAUAAAGAGCAAGAAAAUUCAUGCUGAAUAUUCUUCGAAAUUUGCUCCCCCCCUCCUAUGAUGGAUCACUGGGUUCAAGAACUCGGUUUUCCUCAACUAGAUAUUCCUAUAACAAUUGACAACAUAAAUCCGAUCUUGUCUAAUUGUCACUUCACAUCACACAAUCAAGAUAGCCUCUACCUCUCUAAUCUCGAUGACAUGAUUGGUGUGCGCGUUUUCACUCCAACAGUGUAUUUUUACCGAUCAAAAGGUUUGAUAUCACAAGACGAAAACGUUGGUCAAAUACUGAAAGAUGCUCUCAUGAGGGUCUUAGUACCUUAUUACCCUUUCACAGGUAGACUAAGAGAGACAGAAAACGGGAAACUCGAGGUUUUCUUUGGGCCAGAUCAAGGUGCUCUAAUGGUCGAGGCGCAUUCUGAUCUGGCGUUAGCAGAUCUCGGAGAUCUAACGGUCCCAAAUCCUGCCUGGAUAAAGCUGAUCUACAGAUUCCCCGAUGAAGAGCAGUACAAAGUUGUUGACAUGCCAUUGGUGAUUGCCCAAGUGACCAAAUUCACAUGUGGUGGUUUUUGCCUCGGCCUGAGAAUCUGCCAUUGUUUGUGCGACGGCCUUGGAGCAAUGCAGUUUCUCAGCGCAUGGGCAGAAACGGCAAAAACGGGCUCAUUGGUUGCGAAUCCAAACCCUUGCUGGGAUCGAGAAAUCUUUCUGCCACGUGGACCCCACAGGAUCGAAUUCUCCCACACAGAGUUCCAGACAAUCGAAGAGGGCUCGAACCUCAUUACGCGGUUAUGGCAAGGCAACCCCAUUCAGAAGUGCUACCGUUUAAGCAAAGAGUACCAAGCCCGUUUGAAGAUAUUGGCUCAAGAAGAAGAUGGAGAGUUUUCAAACACGACUUUCGAUGCAAUGGCGGCUCAUGUGUGGAGAUCGUGGGUGAAAGCAUUGGAUAUUGAACCUCUCGAUUACGAGCUUCGCCUCACUUUUUCGGUAAAUGCUCGCGCCAAAAUCAAGAAUCCACCUCUGAGAGAUGGGUUCUAUGGGAAUUGCUUGUGCGUGGCUUGUGCCACGAGCACCAUCGAGAGGCUUGUCGGCGGAACCCUAGCGGAGAUAGCCCGUUUGGUGCACGGGGCCCGUUUGGGUGUAUCGGAGGAGUAUUUGAGAUCCACAAUUGAUUACAUCGAUGUGGUUAGGCCUAAGAGGCUUGAGUUUGGUGGGAAAUGA